AUGACAGCUGCUUCAGGGCGCGAAGCCUAUCGUGGGAUCGGACAGCUUGAAGAUCCGCCGACCGAUGCGUCAUUCUUCACGCGACGGCAUCUAAAUUAUCCUCCGUUCACGUCUGCGCGCCCGCCAAAAGAACUUCGAGGCGGACAUAACACCGGUGUACGUGCCUUAGCCUGGAACGCUACUGGUGAUGUUCUGAUGAGCUGUGGCAGUGAUCAUGUUGUGCGCGCAUGGAACCCUGAAAGAAGCUCAGAUGUGCGUGCAACAACUGAAUUUACAGGGCACUCAGGCCAAAUAUCAGCGAUCGCAUGCCAUCCCACCGACCCACACCUCUUUGCGACUGGUGGAAUUGAUCGAACUGUACGAGUAUGGGACUUACGCGCGCCUUCCUCUACAAAAGUAAUAUCUACACCUGGCUCUAAUAUCAAUUUAGCAUAUCAUCCUCAAGGCCGCUUCUUAGCUGUUGGCGACAAAAGCGAGACCGUGAGUCUGAUUGAUGCUGAUCAAGGUUGCUUCUUGCAUAAAAUCAAAGACGGCUCUAUUGAUCGCGAAGAAAUCAAUGAGCUUGCUUGGUCGCCUGAUGGUUCCAUGUUGCUCUUACCCAUGGGCAGCGGUACCAUUAGCUUCCUUCGCGCUCCAGAUACCCCUGAGUUAGAAGCAGAUGCCUCAACAGCUGCGAACGGAUUGAAGCAAUGUUGGGAGCAAGUCAUGAUCCACCAUGCACAUCCAGCAGCAAUAUUUUGCGUUAAAUGGGACCCUACGGAACGGGUUGUGGCCACUGCUGCAGCCGAUAGCACGUUGGCCCUUUGGGAUUCGGCCCUAUGGGAUUGCUCCCGCGUGUUCUCCGACUUCAAAUUUCCACUUCGUACAAUCGACUUUUCGUUCGAUGGAGAAUGGCUUGCUGUGGGUGGCGAAGAUCCCGAUGUCGCUUUGGACAUUCUAACGCGACAUUUACAGAUCUCUUUGGCUGGCGAAAGGAUUGUACACCGCAUUCCCGUCUCUACAACGAUCAACUCACUUGCCUGGCAUCCUUCCAAGCCAAUGCUUGCAUACAGCGGCACUGAUACUUCCACAUCCCUGGGCCCUGGCAUCGCGGCCACUACAGGUCGUGCUGCCACAACGCCUGUUAUUUGGGUCUAUAGCAUACCUUAG